GGCCUUCCAUAGCAGCAGAGCGACUCCACCCGAAAAAUAAUCAAACAACCGAAAUAUGUUUCAUUAUCUUCGUAUGAUAAACAUCGCGGAGGAUGAAUGACUCGGCGGGGAAUCGUUAAAGAGUGUUGUCAUGCCCGGUGACGUCUCAGUGCUGGAGGUGGUGACGGUGGUCGGAAGGGCGGUGUGCGCAGGCGCGGCGCUGACAGCCGCACUCUACCUUAUCCGCAGAGUGUGUUUAAUAAUGGCCUGGAAAUCCGGAGGAGCGAGCCACGCGGAGCUCGUCAACAACCUCCGCAAGAAUGGCAUCAUUAAAUCCGACCGUGUCUAUGAAGUUAUGUUGGCCACAGACCGUGCCCAUUACUCAAGAUGUAAUCCGUACAUGGACUCGCCACAAUCUAUAGGUUACCAAGCAACAAUCAGCGCACCACAUAUGCAUGCGUACGCUCUGGAGCUUCUACACGAUCAUCUGUAUGAAGGAGCGAAGGCUUUGGAUGUGGGAUCAGGCUCUGGCAUCCUGUCUGCUUGCUUCGCCAGGAUGGUUGGGCCGAAAGGGAAGGUUAUUGGCAUAGAUCAUAUACAGGAGCUGGUGGACGACUCCGUAACUAAUGUAAAGAAAGAUGACCCCAGUUUGAUCUCCUCUGGGAGAAUCAAACUCAUCGUUGGAGACGGACGAAUGGGUUUUACAGAGGAAGCGCCUUUUGACGCCAUACAUGUUGGAGCCGCCGCUCCCAAUGUGCCACAAGCAUUGUUGGACCAACUGAAACCCGGCGGGCGUCUGAUUCUGCCGGUGGGUCCAGCGGGGGGGAACCAGAUGCUGGAGCAGUAUGACAAACUGGAGGAUGGCAGUACCAAAAUGAAGCCGCUGAUGGGCGUGAUUUACGUGCCUUUAACAGACAAAGACAAGCAGUGGUCAAGGUGGAAGUGACUUCUGUCCUCUGUCCCUCUCUCUUCUAGGGCACAGGGAUGAACUAUGAAAGGAUGAUCAAUGCCGACAGUACUCAUCACACCACGUGCACACAAACACACACAGACAACCAUCUGGACUUCACUGAGGGAAGCCUGUACAAACGCUCUGUUUCAUACCCGUGACAGUCGGACUGUUGUGAGAGAUGGAUGUCCUCAACAGAUUCUUUAAUCUAGAAGAAGUGGAAUAGGGCUUUGUGCUGGGAUUGACACGCCUGCGGUUUGAGGAUUGCGUGAUGCAUUUGUUGUUGUUUUUUUAUUUUGUUGGCGCGCAGAUGCACAUUUUUUGUGUUGAUUUCAGUAUUACGUCAAUUGAAUAGUUUCUUCGUGCAUCUCAGCUUAUUGUAAACGGAAUACGGCGGUUGGCUGUUGUGCUGAAUCCAGCCUGUUAUUAAAGCAUCAUUUACUGGUUUAUAAUGUGAAGGGAUCUCUUUGCUCUACAGAUCCAUAUUUAUAGUCGUGGCUUGUGUGUUCAGAUGCCCAGGGAAAAUAAACCAGACUUAGAAAUUCCAGAUUAAAGCAAUUAGGCUCAAUGCAAAACAAACCCCUCAUCAAAUUCCUAUAACACAAAGCAUCUUACUGAUGAAUAAUGUACGGUCUGUCCUUUCUGCAAAAUUAACCUUGAUGGGAUCAUCAUCAUUUAUCAAAAAUGAUCCGUUGUACAUUAUUCUGAGAAACAUUGAAAUAUUGCCCUUCGUUUAUUAUGUCAAAAAAUACUUCAAUAAAAUAAAUACAUUUGUUUUAGCUGGCCACAGCAAUCUGAUAUUUACACUAAUAUUUAGAUUUCAUAUUGUUUAAAUAUUCAGAAUACAGAGUACUUCCAGUAAGUUAUAUGGAUCAUUCGCCUUAUUUUAGGCUGUUUACAGCUGCCGGGCAAUGCAGCGAUGUAGUGCAUUAAUAUCGAAUGUGCGUGUUUAUCAGUUUAUCAUAACGGCACCAGAUGCAGCUCAUCCGAUCAGAAAAAAAACUCCAAUCUAUAUACUCCACCGUACCGUUUCCAUCAUCCUCGUGUUGUUCCAGCCCUGCAUUGUUUUCUUUAACCCUCAAAAGAUGAUCAGGAAUGUCAGAGCGGUUGUUUUUCAUAAAAUGAAAGCGAAUGAGGAUUUAUACAGCUGAGCUUUAAAACAACUAAAGUGUUACGUUCAGAACUGACACUUGAUGCAUGAAGACACCUGAUUUUAGAGUUAUCUUUUUUCUAGCUUUAUAAAAAUGUGACUACAAUUGAGAUUAUCAGUGAAUUAUGAUUUUAGUUUUAACUUUCAUCGUAUGGCUUAGGAAGACUUAUAUAAAAGUGCACAUAAGUUAAGGGCUACUUUCAUGGGGCUGUUUUGUCAUUAUUUGAGCUUGUCAGUACAAAUCAUCAUGUAAUUUCUUUGUAAAGGAGAAGCUCUGACGUUGUACCUCUUUUGUGGAAAGAAAAUAAUACAGGUUUUGAACGAUGAGAGAAGUUCUUUUUGUGUGUCAAUUGUGCAUUGCAGCAGCAAGUAUAGCAAAGCUCUUGUGAAAUGUUUCACUUCACUGCAGAUCUCAGAUCAGAAGCUUUUCACAGUAUCUAUCUCUCGCACUCAGCAGAAGAUGUGCCGUCUCAUUCAGAUCCCCACAAGCGCAGUGGAGGAAGCUACACACUUCAGUGCUUAUUUUGAUUGUCAGUGGUUUUCAAUGCCAAUACUCUGCAUGUUUGUGUGACUCCUGCACACGCACAAACAGCUCUGAACAAAUAAACAUACUGCUAAACAAACUUUUUAUCCACUUGCCUUUUCUGUUUGGGAUCAAAAUAUUGUGCACAUAAGUUAAGGGCUAAUUUCAUGGAGCUGUUUUGUCAUUAUUUGAGCUUGUCAGUACAAAUUAUCAUGUAAUUUCUUUGUAAAAGAGAAGCUCAGCAUCUAACAUUUUUUUAAAGAAUAGAUUCUGUUGAUGCCGUGUUGAAGGGAUUGUUUACCCACAUAUGAAAAUUCUGUCAUCAUGUCAUUCAACAUCAGUGGAACGCAAAAGUAGAUACUUGGAGAAAUGUCUCAUACAAUAGAAAUUGAUGAGGUCCAAUGUUGUUGCAUUUUUUAUUUUAUGCUAUUUAUUAUACCAUUCUUUCUGUUAUCCUUUCAUAUUUUAGUUGUUAUUAGUUAGCGGAGACAUAUUUA